AGGUCGUAUAUUUUGGGAUCCUGCUUGCUCUACUAAGCUACUUCUCACCAUUGUUCCCCACUAUCGUUAGAAGGCUCAACUAUUCCAUUAAAGAGAGAAACCCCAUGACCCUCCUUAAGUUUUUAAGUGGAAUAUCAACAUACCAAGUUUUUCUCUUAUUCUAAAGUCUUCAUCAUUAUCAUAAUUCCUUUCUUGUGACCCUCAAGCCAUACUCAUGUAUUGGUUUGGUAAGAUAGAUGUUUGAGGUUUUGUCUAGUUGUCUAUCACUUGCUUUUUCUGAUUAAGUAGCUCACACGUACAUCUUUGUGUUUGGUUCCUUCGAAUCUUUAAAUUGGUAUGUUUCUUCUUUUGGCAAAAGACCAUCGUUCUUAAUGUUAUAUAUACUAAUUCUUAUGUGCCUUCCGUACCGAAGCUCCUAUGCUCUUUUCUCUUUUGGUCUUGUUAAGAUUACUAAACUUGGAUGAAUACCUCCUAAGUUAAUGGUCAAACCAAAGGGUGUCUUAAGCUUCACAUAGGAAGCUCACCAUGAAUCUACCAUUGCUCCUCUUAAUAUUCAUUCUCUGCUUCUGGGCACAACGCUUAGAAGGAGCAGCCUCAUCAGGACCUGCAGAAGUGAACGUUGGAGCUAUUUUCACAUCAAGAACAAUCAAUGGUAGAGUCUCAAAGAUUGCCAUUGAGGCUGCACAGCAUGAUGUGAACUCAGAUAAGAGUGUUCUUGGUGGAACUAAAUUGUCUAUAUCGUUUCACGAUUCCAACUACAGUGGAUUUCUUGGCAUCGUUGGGGCACUGAGAUACAUGGAGUCUGAUACGGUAGCUAUAAUUGGUCCACAAAAUGCUGUAAUGGCCCACGUACUCUCACAUCUUGCAAAUGAGCUUCAUAUUCCAUUAUUGUCUUUCACAGCUCUUGAUCCUAACUUAUCACCACUACAGUACCCUUAUUUUGUUCAAACUGCACCUAAUGACCUAUUCCAGAUGGCUGCCAUUGCAGACAUGGUUAGUUAUUUCGGUUGGUCUGAGGUCAUUGCAAUCUUCACUGAUGAUGAUCAAAGUAGAAAUGGGGUAACGACAUUAGGUGACAAACUUGCUGAAAAACUUGGCAAAAUCUCCUACAAAGCAGCACUUCCACCUGAUCCAAAAGCAACUCGUAGUGAUGUUGAGAAACUAUUGGUACAGAUUCGUAUGAUGGAAAGUCGAGUAAUUGUCUUACACACAUUUUCAUAUUCAGGUCAGCUUGUUUUUGAAGUGGCACAGGAGCUUGGAAUGAUGGAGGCAGGUUAUGUUUGGAUAGCUUCUACUUGGUUAUCUACUGUUGUGGAUUCACUUCCACCACUUCCUCCAAAGACCAUUAAAUCUAUCCAAGGAGCUCUCACACUUCGUCCACACACACCGGAUUCAGACAAGAAAAGCGCCUUUAUUGCUAGGUGGAACCAGUUGAGUAAUGGCUCUAUUGGCUUGAACCCCUAUGGUUUAUAUGCUUACGAUACAGUUUGGAUUAUUGCUAGAGCUUUAAAAAGGCUUUUGGAUCAAGGGGGCACCAUUUCAUUCUCCAAUAACACAAACUUAAGAAGUCAAUCCAAAGGGACUCUGAAUCUUGGUGCAUUGAGCAAUUUCGAUGGUGGGGAGAAUCUACUCAACAACAUACUACAAACCAGUAUGUCAGGCCUGACUGGACCACUAGGAUUCAAUCAAGACAGAAUCCCAUGGAAACCUUCUUUUGACAUCAUUAAUAUAAUUGAUAAUGGAUACAAACAGAUUGGAUAUUGGUCUAACUAUUCUGGCCUUUCCGUUGAUUCCCCAGAGGUGCUUUAUACCAAGGCACCAAACAGGUCCAUUGCAAACCAACAUUUAGACAGUGUAGAAUGGCCAGGAGGUACAAGGAGCACACCUCGCGGCUGGGUUUUUCAAGGCAAUGGGAGGAAAUUGAGAAUUGGUGUCCCAAAACGAGUUAGUUAUAAGAACUUUGUAUCACAAAUAAACGGUACUGAUAUGGUUCAUGGAUACUGCAUUGAUGUGUUCCGUGCAGCUAUAAGACUGCUUCCUUACCCAGUUCCUUAUAAGUUCAUUCUGUUUGGAGACGAUCAUAAGAAUCCAAGCUAUUCCGAGCUUGUUAACAUGGUUUCAUCAGGUGUUUUUGAUGCUGCUGUAGGUGACAUUACCAUAGUCACAAAUAGAACAAAGGUUGUGGACUUCACUCAGCCUUACAUAGAGUCAGGGCUACUUGUGGUGACACCAGUCAGGAAGUUGAAUUCAAUCGCUUGGGCAUUCUUGAGACCAUUUACACCACUCAUGUGGGCUGUCACAGCAGUUUUUUUUUUCUUUGUUGGUGCAGUGGUUUGGAUACUUGAACAUAGAGUAAAUGAUGAGUUUAGAGGCCCACCUAAAAAACAGAUGAUCACAAUGAUAUGGUUUAGUCUCUCUACUAUGUUUUUUGCACAUAGAGAAAACACAAUGAGCACUCUUGGCCGGUUUGUGAUGCUCAUCUGGCUUUUCGUUGUUCUGAUCAUAACCUCAAGCUAUACUGCUAACCUGACAUCAAUCCUCACAGUACAACACUUAUCAUCUCCCAUCACUGGACUUGAUGCCUUGAUAACAAGCAAUCAACCAAUAGGAUUCCAAGUAGGAUCAUUUGCAGAAAACUACUUGAGAGAAGAACUCAACAUCCCACAAUCUAGACUUAUUGCUCUUGGCUCACCUCAAGAAUAUGCCAAGGCCCUUGAGAAUGGAACUGUGGCUGCAGUCAUCGACGAAAGACCAUACAUAGAACUCUUCCUAUCAGAACAUUGCAUGUUCGCAAUCCGUGGCCAAGAAUUCACCAAAAGUGGCUGGGGGUUUGCAUUUCCAAAAGACUCCCCACUAGCCAUUGACAUGUCAACCGCCAUGCUGACUCUCUCAGAGAAUGGCGAGCUUCAGAAGAUUCAUUCAAAAUGGAUAUCAAAAAAGGCUUGUAAUGCACAAAUCUCAGAUUUUGAGUCUGACCAGCUUCCAUUACAAAGCUUCUGGGGACUAUUUGUCAUCUGUGGCAUUGUAUGUUCUGUCUCUAUUGCAAUCUACUGUUACAAAGUUAUACGCCAAUUCAACCAGAGUUACCCUCAUGUCACUGACCCCUCUGGACAUGGCAGCUCUCGUUCUGAGAGAGUCAUGCACUUCUUAGCUUUCAUUGAUGAGAAAGAGGAAGGCCAUUCAAGUGUAAGGACGUUAAAAAGAAAAAGGAGUAGUGAUCUUUAUGAAAGUAGUAAUGGGAAUGGGAUAGAAGAUGAGUCAAGGCACAAUGGUAGAACUUGGCUUUAGUACCUAAUAGCAGUGAUAGUCAGUCCUAAUAUCUUAGAACUAAUUUAUUAACCAGUUGAUCUAGUUUACUUUAACAAAAUUUAUACCACUUUAUUGUCCAUGAAGAGAAAGGUGAAGACUUUUUUGUCCUGCCAUGAAGUCAUGGUGAUUUUUUUUGGCUGUUUUAACAUACAUAAUAUUAAUUGCUGGAUUUAGAUGUAAAACUACUUUGAAAUGUAUGAUAUUACUUACUCUCUUUUUUUUCUUAACAAAUGUACGUAUCAUAUUACUUACAGAUAAUGAUGAACAUAUAUAUAUAUAUAUAUAUAUAUUUUAUAUAA